AUGUGCAGGAGACAUCAUAUGGACUCAGAACCGCGUGUUAGUUGCAGAUCAGGAGCUCAUGUGACGAGCUUUGUGUUUCACCGCCAGGUCGCGAGAAACCACACAGGUGUUCAGCUGCGAAGCUGGAUCUUUCUCUCUCACACACACAGUCACAUACACUCACACACAAUUCAUUCUGCUGGAAAGUACCCUCGGACCUUGCUGAAUAGCGGGACACCCUUUCAGGUCACUGAUUCCAGCUGUCGCGACGAAUACGUAUUGGAGUAUUGGAUAUCAAGUGGCACAUUGGGAAUAGGUGCCAAGAUGGAUGAGACGGAGAAGUACCAGCAGAGACUGCAGGCUAUCGCUGAGAAGCGUCGCAUGCAGGAGGAGCAGGAGCAGGCGAAGAGAGACAUGGAGGACGAGAGACUGCGCUUACAGCAGCUAAAGCGGAAGUCCCUGCGGGACCAAUGGCUGAUGGAGGGUCCUCCCUCCUCACCCACCACCCCCACCUCACCAUCCACCAAGGACAGCCCCCACUCCCCCCUCUGGGGCCCCCACACCCCGGAGACCGAGAAACGCAUUGACGAGUUGCAGGAAGAGAGUCGGCGGCUGGCUAAAGGGGAGCUACUAGACGAGCAGACGGAGGAUGGCAGAACGGAUACUGUCAAUGCAGCGGAAGCCACAGAAGAUGUUCUGCAGAACGGGCAGGAGAAACCCACACGAUCAGAUGCAAUAGAAGACGAAGUGACAAAGAGCCUCUCCUCAUUACUGGAUGAAACAGAGGCGGUCCUGACCAAUGGCAGCACUGGGGAAGCAGUGCAGACCAAUCCUAGCCCUUUUGAAAUAAACACUUCCACCUCCGGCCCCACAGAGCCAGCUGUGGUCUCCGACGGCAACACUGCACCAGCGUCAGUCACCUCCGGCACCACAGAGCCAGCGGUGGUCUCCGAUGGCUCCCUCGCCACAGCGCUACUGGGCUAUGUCCACACAGAGCCGGGUCUGGCCUCAGCCGGGAGGGGGGUCGACGAUGAGGACGAGGACAUCCUGGUGAUGCGAGCGGAGCGGGUCAUCGUCCUAACGGAUGAAGAUGUACCACCUCAGGACCAAGAGGAGGAGGAGGAGGAGGAGGAGCAUCAGCAGGAGGAGGUGAAGCAGGAGGAGUCAGUCCCGCUGGACGCAGCACAGGGAGGGGCUGAAGGAGAGACUAUGGCGCAGGUGGAAGCAGCGCCGUUGGAUACCUCUGCCGUCAUUCCUCACGGGGAACAGUGUGAGAGGAGUGAGGGGCUGGUCACGGUCACUGCAGAGGCGGGUGACUCCUCAGCGGACACACAGAUGACGGGAGGCGCAAUUUCAAAUAACGAAGAAGGAAGAGGAGUGGCCGACGAUGCAUCCAUCGCACCCAACUCUGAUCCAUCCCUGCAGUCCCCAGCCGGCGCUCCAGAUGACCCCGCUGUGGCCUCCGUGCCAACCUACUCCCAGGGCCCGGCCUCCCCACGGCUGGGGCCAGGGGGAGAGACUGGGACAGAGGCUGAGGCCCCUGCAGCAGCUCCAGUGGACGGAGCCUCAGAGCUGGCCACUCCGGCCAAGCCUCCGACACCGCUUGCGAGCCACUUCCAGGAUGUACCGCUGUCGGCGCCGCAGGGGACCGGGGCCCAGCCUGGGGAGCAGGACCCCCUGCUGGGCAAGGCCAAAGCCCCCCAGAUGAAGGCAGGGGGCUCCUCGUUUGUGGAGGCCCGCAGAGGCCCAUCCUCCAAUGCGGAAGCACACGCCCCUGCCUCGACCAAUAGCUGUGGAGCGGAGGAGGGAGUGUCCCCCAAGCACAAAACCUGCCAGUGUUGCUCGGUCAUGUGAUCAUCUCUUCUUACUUUGCAUUGGCUGUCGGCCAUACCCACACUGCUUAUUUUUUAAUUUUUAACCAACACAAACCUUGAUUUUCUUCCUAUUCCCGGGACAGAAACGUUACUUUAGGUCCACAACAAUGACCACCAGAACCCAUGUUUCCAUACAGCCGUGAACGUGUCCUUUUACCCACUCCAGCACACUGUGAAACGUUGUGGCGUACUGUGGAUGUCUGGGAAGUUGGUCUCUAUGUGCCUCUCCAUGCUAUCACCAGAAACUUAACAUUAUUUUCCCCCACCAAACACAGCACAUUUUUCACACAGUUGAUGGUUACCUGGCCUUAUUGGUUGUAAUCAAACUGUUCAAAUAGACUUGACUGACAUAAAUAAACCAACACAUGUCUACGCAUAGUAGGAGAUGAUUUUAAGCCCCAAUUACUGACAUAACAGGGACCAAAGAUAUGUAUGAUGUGCAAUUGCUUUCGCUAUAAUGAAUCAUGUAGUAUUAAUUAUUUGUAACACUAUAUGGUCUGGUGAUGCUGGAAUAUGUACUAUGCAGUGGCAGCUGUUCAUGAGAUAAAAUAUUUUAUAGAUAUUUCUUUUUUAUAUCCAACUUAAGGCCCUAAUCAUAUGUAUUCAGAUUUGUUUUUGUUUUUUCCGUAAAAGACAUCAAAAAGGGACGUUGUCACUCCCAAAAUGAAUUGGAGGAAAUGCUAUCCUUCAUUUAUGGAGAUUUUUUUUUCUCUUUUCGGCACUUUUAAAAAAGGAGGUUAUUUAGCGAAGUGCUGUAGGUGAAUCCACUGUGUACCAGGCGUUACUUUAAUGAGUUCUUCCAGGGUUUGACUCCAGCUAUCUACAUGUAUUAAUACUCCAGCUAUCUACAUGUAUUAAUAUUUCUGAGGGUGAACGUGGCUUGGCUGUGUACAGAGAUCUGCUUUGUUUUGAACCCGUCAGUUUGGAAAUGUGCAACUUGGUUUAAUUAUUAAACUGACUGUUUGAUUUAAAAAAGAAAAAAAAUCUCCAUGUUCAUCAAACCCUUGGCUCUUUAAACAGGGAAACUACAGUAUUGCCCCAUGGGAGUCCUUUAAUCAAACACAUGUUUUCAUAUUUUCAAUGAAAUGUUGAAGCUCAAGGAGGCAGUAAUUAUAUUGUAUUAUAAUAAAAGGUCCAAUAAACCCUUACCUUGUUAUCGAUACGGUUAACAUGAAGAAAUUGACACAGAAACACUAAUCCAGCAGAUCGGAUAAUCGAGUGAUCAGUGUUGUAUAUAACGGUUUGACUGAAGUGAUUUUUCCUCUGAACAACUAGAACAGCUGUGGGUCACACUCGAUGGAUAUGAAUAACAUUAGGUGUGACGGUGGAUCGCUUUCAGAUAUUUCUUACUCGGGUCCAAAAACGUCCAAUGCUUUGAAAAUAAAUUGGAAAAGACACGAGGCUUAUACUUUGUAUUAGUAUAUGCUACACAUGAACCACCUAAAAUGGCUAAUUUGAUUGGUUCGCUAUCCAAGUAUAUUGGGCAAUCCCAUGAUUGAUGGUGUGAUUCAGAUGCCUCGGACACCAGCCUUCCGAGUUGCCCUAUUGAUGUAAUUUCUUGUCUCGUAACAUUUAUACCAUUCCUGUUCGUCUUUGUGAUUGUGUCAUGAAAUUGGCUAGUCGUUUUUUAUUGUUACAUUAACCACUUUAGCGAACCAACUCGAAAACAAAUAACACAACUUUACAUUGUGUUGCACUUACAGCAAGACCGUUUAAUGCAUAAAUUGGUGACCGGAAUAAUUGGUGACCGGGAAUAGCCUAUUCCCCACUAUUCUCUUCGCCAUAAUAGUUAAUUAUGGUAUGAACAGUCAGUCAAUUAUCACAUACCCUAUGUAGUGAGGGAGAGAGCUAUUGAUACCAUGAGAUCCUUGACAGGAAUCCACAGCUUUUCAAACUAUCUGACAUUUCAAAAUGUGGGACUCCACCAGGACGAAUUCCUGGUGGAGUCCCACAUAUUGUUUGUACAGUUGUGAAAGGGCCCGGCUUCUGCGCUAUGUAACCAGGAUCAAGUCAUUCCUAGUGGCAGUUCUCAACAACCAAAUGAUACCUCUUAAAUAUAUACAAUAUAUACUCUAAAAGUCUCAAUCUUAAAACUUUGAAGACGCAUGAUUCUCCUGUGUUCCAUUCUACUCGGCUCACUGGCUCUGAGCCAAUCAACGACUUCCCUUUGUGAUGACCUCAUCAAGCCCUUGCAGCAGAUGCCAACCGAUCACUUGGAGGGGAGAUGGUCCAUGGUGGCCGGCAGCCACAACGACCAAGCCUCCGAGGAGUCCCUCUAGCAACCAGAUGGCAUCGCUGUGUUCUACCGCAACUCCAACCAGACCACCAACAACUCUUACACACAGAUCAACCGCUUCGGAGCUGGCUGCACUAACACCUAUAAAGAAGCAUCCAUAAAGUAGCAUGCCAUGGGACCUUUAAGUAUAGAAGAGGAAAAGACAUGGAGCUCCAAGAUACACUGUCCAAAGCACAGCUAUCCAAGAACACACCAGUGAUGGAUGGCUUAGAGUGCAUCUCCAUGCAGAACUUUGUCUCGGUCAGUGAUCAGAAAUACAGAACUACAAGUAUGCACCAAAGAAGAGCUCAGCCGUCUCAAACAGGUUAUUCAGUGUGGCUGGCCAGAGCACAGACGUGAGGUGCCCGUUCAGAUUCAGCCAUAUUGGGACUCAAGAAGCCAGCUUGCGUUGUCCGAUGGACUCAUCUUCAAAGGACUGCGAGUGUCCCCCACUCCAAUUACAGAGAGUGAGAAGCAAACAGCGAGCUUGAGAGCCCCCCUACUGGCCAGGUAUGAGGGCACAAAUUGAAGAAGUAGUCAGAAACUGCAGUUUCUGUGCAGAUUUUCAGAAUAAACUGCCCAGACGACCACUCAAACCAUCAGAAACACCCGAACUUCCCUUUGAGAUGGUAGCAUCAGACCUCUUUGAAUUCGAAGGGAAGCAGGGCAUACUGCUAGUGGACUACUACUCAAAGUUCAUUGAAGUGGAAAGAUGGAGAGACACACGCAGUCGCACUGUCAUAGAUACACUUAAAGCGCAGUUCGGCAGGCACGGCAUCCCUGUCCUGAGUUUAAUCACUUUUGCAAGAGUUACUGCAUCCCACACGUCAGGUCUUCCCAACACACGCCACCCUCAAACUGUGAAAUUGUGAAGAGGCUCUGGCACAAGGCAACAGACAAACAUCUUUCAAUACUGGAUUACAGGACUACUCCCCUUGAGUUAGUAGGCCUUUCACCAGCUCAAAUGCUCAUGGGAAGGAGGCCAACAACCUAUGACCCACUGAAAGUCAAGCGUCUGCUAUAUUUCUAAGGACAAUCAAAAGUACUAUCAUGAACGCAAGAGAGCAGGCAAACCUUGUGUUGCUCUCAAGCCUGGGGAUGAGGUCAGAAUGCAGCCUUAUCCUGGUAGCCACACAUGGUCACCAGCGGUUGUGGUCAGACAGCACAGUGCUCCGCAAUCCUAUAUUGUGAACAGUGGAGUACCAUCGCAACAGUCGACAUCUUCGUACAAGCGCUCCAGCCGCCAACUGUCCACACCACUGGAUACGUGAUGAGGUAUGGACUGAGCCACCAGAGCAGACAGCUGAAAAGGAACAGCUGUCUACUACCCCAUCUGAACAGCCUCUCUUGCCUCCCAGAGAACCCUUGAGUCAUGCUCAGACCCGGGCAGGUGAACUGUACAUCACCAGGCGAGGCAGAGCUGUCAAGCCACCCGAAAGACUGACUUUAUGAGUUGUGUGCAUGAAGUUAGUGAGGGACAAGGUGUGGUAAAGACACCUAUGGAAGUGAAGUACUGGUAACCUCUCCUUCCAAGUUAGUGUGAUCAAAAGUUAAAGUUAAAAGUAUUAACCUUCAAGUUAGUUUGAUCAAAUGUUAAAGUUAAAAGUAUUAACUGUUUGCUAUUUUGUUUACUUAAGUCACUGAACUGCAAAAUAGAUGUCAAGGUUAAUUGGACAUAAAGUCAGGACUUUAAGCUGCUAAAUUUUUUUUUGAGUUAUUCCUAGGUACUUGCCUUUUCUUUGAUAAGAAGGGAGAUGUUAUGUAUUCAGUUUGAUUCACUCCUAUGGCUACGGUCUGUUCUGUCUUCAUGCAUUACCCGUAGUGCUGUUGGUACGCAUGCACAGUUCAAUAAAGCUACAGUUGGCUCCAAGGCUAAAGUGUAUAUGUUGACCGGAAUAUCUUACAGCUAUAAUAAAUCAUGUAGUAUUAAUGAUCUGCAACACUAUAUGGCCUGAUGAAGCUGGAAUAUGUACUAUGCAGUUGCAGUUGUUUCCUGAUCUAAAAUAUUUAUUUUUAUAUAUCCAACUAAAGGCCCUAAUCAUUUUUAUUUAAUCUCAGAUCUUUUUGUUUUUCCCGUAAAAGCCUCCAAAAUGGGACGUUGUCACUCCAAAGAUGUAUCCACUGUGUACCGGGCAUUACUUUAAUGAGCUUCCAGGGUUUGACUCCAGCUAUCUCUAUGUAUUAAUAUUUCUGCAAGUGAACGUGGCUUGGAUGUGUACAAAGAUCUGCUUUGUUUUGAACCUGUCUGUUUGGAAAUGUGCAACAUGGUUUAAUUAUUAAACUGUAAACAGGGAAAUGAAAGGAUUGCCACAUGGGAGUCCGUUCAUCAAACACAUGUUAUCAUAUUUUCAAUGAAAUGUCAAAGCUCAAGGAGGUACUAAUUAUUAAAAGUUCCCAUAAACAACUUAUUAUCUAUACGGUUAAUACGAAUAACUUGACACAGAAACAAAAAUCCAGCAGAUGGGAUAAUCAAAUGAUCUGUGUUGUAUGAAAAGAAUUAACUGAAGUGAUUUUUCUUUGAACAACUAGAACAGCAAUGGGUCACACUUGGUGGAUAUGAAGAACAUGAAGUAAGUGUGACGGUGGACCGCUUUCAGAUGUUUCUUCCUGAAGUCCAAAAACUUCCAAUGCUAUGAAAAUAAAUGAGUAAAGAAAAGAGGGGCUUAUUUUUUUUUGCGGCACAGCACAACCCCAUGGAAUGAGGGAGAGAGCUAUUGAUACCCUGAAAUCCUUGUCAGGAAUCCACAGCUUUUCAAACUUUCUCACAUUUCACAAUGUGGGACUCCA